UUUACACCUAAUUGCCAACAGAAAUAAUAAUCGCAGUCUACCUUCACCUGUCUGUCCACCAACAUCGAUGAGAUGUUUCCGAUUUCCGCCGCUCUUUCCUCGCGGCUUAGCAUUAUUGUCUGAAAAUGGCGAAAAUAUUUUGUGAGAAAUGUAAGAAGAAGUGUCGGGGCGAAGUCCUUAGGGUCGCCGAUAAAUAUUUCCACAAAGGGUGCUUCACCUGUUCAAAAUGUAAUAAAAGCCUUCAGACCGGUGGAUUCUUCAUCAAUGAAGACAGCUUUUAUUGUCAAGACGACUAUCAGCGAUAUUUUGUGGAAAAAUGCAGGGUCUGUGCCCGUGAACUUGUCGGUGAAAUUGUUACGGUAUCCAAUCAUUCCUUUCAUCGGGAAUGUUUCAAGUGCACCAGUUGCUAUGUCAAUUUUCAUCCGGGUGAUCGUGUGACAAUUUGGCAUGAACGAUUCUUUUGCCCUAGAUGCAUUGGCCAGGAGUGUGUGAUAGUUCCCUCAUGCUCACAGUUGACACCCAAGUUGAAUGGUAUCUCUCUAUCUCCGACAUCCAUAACGGAUGAUGAGGGAUGUAUCAGUGCAGUGGAUGCCAGUCUGAGUGAAUUCGCUUCGCCACCUCAAGCUGGCUCUGGGCCAACCACCAAUGGGAGAAGUAAAUCAGUUCAACUACGGAGCAUCGAGGAAUUCCCCUGGAACUCCUCUCAAUCAAAGUGUAUCACUUCAAACGAACAGCCUCAAAAAUCGAAAUCAAUUCUGCGCAAAUCUGGGCAAGAUCACACUGUUGACCGUUUGGCUUUACGUGAAAACAGUCAUUUAAGUGCAGAUUCCGGAGUUGGUGAUCGUUUAUGCGAGUCGAAAACUUCGGAAGAUCCAAUCCACGUACCCCUUUACUCAGAACAAAUGAACGGCGGCAAUGUCUUUUCGCCUUCCAAUGUCCUGUCUCCCACAGGCCUAUCAUCGUCUCAUCAUUCCCGACAGAGUUUAUCAACUCGUGUCCCCAACUCAGACUACGGACGUCUUCUGAACCAGUCUUACAUACAUCUGGACCCUACUUCCCCCACCUCACCUGAUGGAUACAAACGCAACGUCUCAUUCAACACUGUCACCAGUUGCGCCAAACCGAAGCACUUCCACAUUCCUGAGGCCAAAAGCCGAUUCCUCCCCGUGGGCGUGCGAACGCAUUCUAUACUGUUCAGUCGAUCCACCAGUAGUAACACCAUGCCCCAAACCAGCACUCCUCGACCCAAGCUAAAUUUAACGCGACAGGUGGAACACCCCCCACAGAUGACUCGAUCAUCCAUCGAAUUGAGUCGCAAAUCCUACUCGGACAAGUCGUCAGAUCACGAUCGGGCAAGAGUCAACGGAUCUCACGCCAAUCCAUCUCGGUCAGAUGAGCAGGAAAUCACCGGAGAGGCUCGUCGCUUAGCCUGCUUCCCAGCCGGCCAAGAACGAAACAAAACACUUCCUGCCCCAAUAGAACGGUAUGACUGGCCGGCGCCACCUGCAUCUGCUGUCAUUUUGGCCGAACUGAUGCGCGAACGCAGAUGCCGACGCCGGGAACAAGCCCGCUUAAACGGAACCCUUGCAGACGAUGGAGUGGACUACGAAAGUCAGGAGGCUUUGAGUAUCGACUGCUCUUAUGACGGAGUCACGACUGCACAGGGCAACACAUCUGUUCACCAGACAUCGGGAAUUGGCCAAGCCAUACUUCGAGAAGAAGCUGAGCAAAAGCGCCGCUGUCGCUCACUUAUCCGAGGAAGAGUUCCAGAGCGUAUUCCAUCUAUCACCGGCCGCUUUUUACCGCCUCCCGGAAUGGAAACGUAA